AUCUUUUCCUUUUUCAACUUGGCUAUUGUUUGGCUGUGAAGUUCUAUUUAUUGUAAUCGUCUGGCGAAUUUUUCAGCUCUUCUCAAAGAGAUAGGCGAUAAGAAUAAAAAUUUCAGUUUCACUUCUAAUAGAUAUUCUUCCAUCUUUAAAUUAUGUUAUUACUUAUUUAGAGCAGUGAAAAUCUACUUCAUGUCUAGUUACUGACGAAAUCUUCCUCAUAAUGCAAGCUUUAGAGUAAAGUUACAUAUUAUCAAGAUAUUCAGCAAGUUUUGAUACAAACAAGCUUUAAGAUUGAGAAGUGAAGAUAGAGGUCAUUCAAGCUUGAAAGAGUCAAUUGUGCCUAGAGAAAUUUCUUCGACAGUUAAAAUAUGUGUAAAAAAAGAAAACGCAAUUCUCAGCGUCCAGCUAAAAGCAAAGGAGUUAGCAGCUGUGCAUCUGAGAGUGGUUCACUGGGCGAAGGUAAUAAUGAAGCAUCUGAACAGCCAAAGCAAAUUAAUCACCAAAUUGAUAAAUAUGCUACUAACACUUCUGCUUGUGGCGUUAGUCAGGAAACCGAAGUUAUGAAACACAGUACCGCAGCAGGGGAAACUGAUAAUCAGUCAAUUGCAUCGUCCUCCACUUCUCCUGCAAUUUCAAAUGAUGAAAUCGUUGAUAAAUCAAAAUCAAAUACUAAAAUAUUGCCUGAUGUUUGUUUGAGUGUUCCGCAAAAAACAGAUUCCCUGUAUAAUUGUGUUCCAGAUACUAUUCGUCUUUCUGAAAGUAAUGAAUGCAUCGACAAACUUGUAUCGUGUCAAUAUAGUAAGGAACUUUCUAUCAACGAUAUACCACCAAAUCUUGAAACAAAUAUUCUACAGUCUACUUCUAAUUUUUCCAAUCUUUUUAAGCAAUUUGAUCGACAUGCUGUAAAAAAGGAUAACUCCUCCUCGAGUACAACGUGCUACGUAGAGCAAUCGGCGCCGGGUAUUUUCUUGGAAAAACGUACCAAUUUCCCAAGCACUUGUUCCGAUAACCUGUCUUUAACAGAUGAGUAUAAUUGCUCUGAAAAUAAUCCAAACGCCCCUAUUUAUUCAUAUGUAUCUAAGGGUACUGGAGCAAGGGCACGAAAAGAACAAUUAACUGAAAAAUCAGGUGCUAUUAGUUUAUUAUCUACUGAAAAUAUCUCUCAAACAGGUUGCAACAUGAAUGCGACAAAGGAUGGUGAAAAUCCCAGAGCUAUAGUUUCGCCUGACACAAUCACAAAUUAUAAGAAAACCAAGACUUUCAGAAAAUGUGUAUCACAUUACGAAUCAGUUAGCGCUGAUGGUAAAGAAUAUAUAAAAGAAGUGCCGAACAGUACUGGAAUUGUAUAUCUGUGUCAAUUUAUCCUCAGGAGAGCUAAUCCACAGUACAAAUUGAAUAUAUGUAAUUUGGGCGAUGAAUGCAUAUUGGUAGCGAAUAAUGACAAAUUUAUUGCUAGAGUUGAAAUAUCGGCUAACUUACAGUUGAGCCAAAUUUUCAAAGAUGAUAAACAGGAGUUUUUGAAACAUAUUAUUAUAACUAAAGUGUUAGAGGAUGAAUUAAUGCUCAAGAGAAACGAUGCGUACAACAACUUUCUUCAAUUGUUAGAGCGAAGGAGUGCCAGUAUUUCUAAUAGUAUUGAAUGCGCAGAUGAUUUUCUACAGCUUUUAUUAAUGACCACACAUUGCACAUUAGCCAUGAAUAAACCUUUAAUGUUCUUGAAAGGAAUUCUUCAAGAUGAACACAUCUCUCAAGUAAUAAAGAAUAAUGCUAAGUGCUUCGAGAGAAUUGAAAAUAAACUCUACUUUCGAAAUGAACAUUUUCCGAAGUUCAGUAGUGUUGCUAACCCGCGCAUGAAAGAUUUGUUAGCUCCAGUUCGAAAUAUUUGCGAAGCUGGAAUAUACAAUCAUAAGCAAAACUUAAUUAAAAGCUGCCCUACGAAAAAUUCGUAUCUUCUUUGUCAUAUUCUUUCAAUUAGAGAUUUGCCCAAAGACAAAAUACUAUUUAUAAACCGAGGAGAUAUUGAACUAUUUUCUAAUGCAGUUGCUGUUGCUCAUGAAGAGAGCAAUUUCGUCAACAAAGUAAUUUCUCUAGAGUUUAUAAAAUACUUGUGGGACAAAUUUUAUUCUAAAGUACAAAUGUUGUAUCAUAAUUCAGUGAAAGAAAUUGGACCUUUGACGCAUCCUGUGUACUACUACCUUUUAAAAAGUUUCCGAGACAUUGCAUGUGAAAUAGCUUCUAAGACAAAUAUAAAACCUCAGGAGCUACUCAUAGAAGAAAACGGAAAUUUCAGAAUAAAAACUUCCAUUCCCUGGUCUACCAAGUCAGCUGUUCACAAGUCCUUAGAGAAACAAUACGAGUUAUAUUUUCAAUUGUUGGAGCAUUUCGAACCUGGUUCAUAUUCAAGUAAAAACAAAUUCAAAUAUUCGUUUAAAAUUCUAGAUGGUGAUAGGAGUUUCAUUAAGUCUCUUAAAGAAUUUUUUUUCGGGCAGGAAAAUAGUUUUCAAAAGUUUUCUGAGGAUCGCCUUGUGUGGUUGUAUAUUGUAGACUGUGGCACAGCUCCUUUAUUGUGUGAUAAGUCUAGCAACCAAUUUAAAGAACUGUCAUUGUAUGUUCUCAAAGGCUUUAUUAAAUUUAUUGAACAAGCUAAACAAGACCGUUAUGAAUCUUUUCGAAUUGCUGCCCUUAAUAUAAUCAAAUUCAUCAUGCAAUUAUCUCCUUAUUUUAAUGAUGUCAGUUCGAUUUUAACUGACGCAGACCAUAAUAUUUUAGAUAAGCAAAUGGAAUUCAUUAACUGCAUUCUCAAUUCAGACGAAACAAAUGUUUUAUCUGAUUAUUUUUCUGGCAUAAUGGAUGUAUAUAAUGAAUAUUGGAAGUUGCGAGAAACGAUAUUAGAAAAUCUACCUGUUCCUUGCAGCAUAUUUAAAGAUGACAUGGAAGUAAUUCUAGGAAAGAUACUAAAACUUGUUGAAAGUGGUUUGUCAAAAUGUGCUGAAGCGAAACUAGUAAUCCGUUUCUUCAGAUUUUAUAAUGAGUUUUUAAAACACAUAAGAAGUAUAGAUUUUUCAUGGCUGAUAUCAAAAACAUGUUAUACGGAAGAUUUAAAUAAAGUUGUGGAAUGUAUAAUCAAAAGCGAUGUCACAUCAUACGUUGUAAAGGACCCUGAGAGCUUCGUUCAAACUCUUGAAAGGAAAAAACUGAAAAUCCCUCGGCAUUUUCUAAUCGAAACCAUUAAUAAAUUAUUAGAUAUCAUAGAUUUAGUUUACGAAAAGUUACAUUGGAGUAACGAAAAUUAUUUAAAUGCGAUUGGCGAUCUAUUUCUCGCUAUUGGGCAUUCUUUUACUCAUUUCGAGGACCAAGUUGAUUAUAAUGAUUUAGAACAUUUUUUGAGAGAUUGCACAGCUCCUUUUAAGAUCGGUUAUGGAUCGAUAUCUUAUGCUAUUGUACCCUCUAGAUACCAAAAUAUUUUAGGAGUGAGUGGUACUCUCAUGACAUUGGAUGGAUCAGAAAAAAAUGCUGUUAAAAAUUAUGGUAUAAAAACCAUGUCUGCAAUGCCAUCUUUUUUCGGGGAACGUAAACUUGUUUUCACUCCUACUAGCCAUUUCACCAUUCAAGCUACAGAAAGCAACUGGCAUUCGAAAAUAUUCGAACAUAUUUCCCAAAACAUUAAACUUAAUCGAGCUAUUCUUGUCUUCUUCGAUACUGACGCAGAAAUAAAAGGAUUUGAAGAAAUAUAUCGAAGUAAUAUUAAUCGUUUGUAUGUUUUGAUUGGGAAUGAAGAACCGUCGGUUGUGGAAUGGCGCAUCAACGAAUCUGGCGUUGCACAAACAGUGACUUUGGCCACUAGAGCUAUGGGUCGAGGUAUAGACUACAAGUUUAACGAUCGUAGCGUAGAAGAGAACGGGGGUGUGCAUGUUAUUCAAACAUUCUUUUCUUUGGAUGAAAAAGAAGAGACGCAAAUCAAAGGAAGAACUGCCCGAAAAGACAACAAAGGCAGUCAUGAACUGAUCUUGUGUAGAGAACACCUGAAAAAAAUUAGGUGCACUGAAACAGCAAGUGGUAGCGUCAUCAACACAUACGAAGAAAUUUGCAUUGCCAGAAAUGAAAUUGCUAAUAAGAGAGGAGA